AUGUCAUUUCUGGUGCAGCCUCUUCUGAGGCACUUCCUCAACGCGCAGGGUAUGGGUGGAGACAGGCCGAAUGCAACUUCGAGCGGAGGUAGCGCAGCAGCUCAGGAUGGUGUGCCGGUUCCAAACACCGCCUUCAAAGCGCUGUACAUUCCUCCAACAUUGAGCGCACCCAGGACAGAUGCGGAAGCUCAAGCGCUGUACAAUCAUUUGCGCACUGCCAGCUUCUUCUUGGAUGCCAUGCCUCUACUCACCGACUCUUUUCAUCUGCCCUUCGGCAUCGGACUGGACUCUGUCAUUGGAUUCGUACCCGGUGUGGGAGAUUGGAUAGGUCUAGUGCUCAGCUUGUACUGCGUCUGGCUAGCCAGUCUUUUCAAGCUGCCACAGAAUGUCAUCACCUGGAUGGUGAGUGGGACGCAUCCCUCGACGGUGUGGCCGCUGCAGGAGCACACACUGACAAAUCUCGCAAUUCUUUAGCUCAUCUUCGUCUUUGUGGAUGCAUUUGUCGGCAUGAUCCCCUUUGUGGGCGAUGCGCUCGAUGUAGCGUUCAAAGUGAGUCCGGGUCUCGGCGCUGCCCAGGCCUAUCAGCGACGGAACAAGCGAGUUAGCCUCUUACCAAUCUCUUCGCGAUGUUGCGAUUCCCUCUCUUCAGGCGAAUUUACACAAUUUGUCAGCCUUUGAGGCCCACCUGCUCAAGACGGGCGGGCGGACUGAAGCUGGAACGUUCUCGAUAGCCUUUCCUCCUUCCAAGCCUUUCCUGCCCACCUUGCCCGAACCCAUCAGUGUGGGUGUGAGAACAUCAGAGGAGCCCACCAGGUCUCUGGGGAGUGCAGCCUGGAGACGUACCGCUCCUCCUUCCACCGCCGGUGCCGGCACAAACGCUCGUCAAGGCGGUCGGUUCAGUGGCAUGCCUUGGGGCAGCCGCGCUACAUAG